GUGCACUGCGAAUACGUGCGCGCGCGGCUCGGCUGCCGAGCAGCCGCGGGAAAAUUCCAAAAAAGUCAAAACAAAACACAAAAACCAGUACGAGGCAAAGUCAAAUUUUCAAGCCACAGAACCCGGGCGGUUGGCAGCCUUUCCACCACUGCCCAAACUGCUGAAGUUGCUCUGGCGCGGACCACCCGGAGUGAUCAUGGAUGCAAGGUGCAAAAAUGUCAGAGCUUCUAUCGUCUUGGAUCCACAAGCAUCAGAUGACCGGCAUUUUGGGGCUAUGUGUUAUUUCUUCUGUGAUUGCGCCAUGUAGAGGAUCCCCUCUAUUUUCAUAGUUGACGUAUGUUCACUGUUUUCUUCAGUGUGUAGCCAACCACUGUGAAGGCACAAUAUUUUGUCCCUUUUUCUGAGAUGGCUGAAGACUCAGCAGGCCUUCCUUCUGAUUAUCAGUUUUGGAUGCAGAAGCUUUCUGUCUGGACUCAGGCCUCCACUUUGGAAACCCAGCGAGACAUCUGCCUUCACCUGCCACAGUUCCAGGAGUUCCUGAGGCAGAUGUAUGAAACCUUGAAAGAGAUGGAUUCAAAUACAGUCAUUGAAAGAUUCCCCACAAUUUGCCAGCUGUUGGCAAAAUCUUGCUGGAGUCCUUUUAUCUUAGCUUACGAUGAAAGCCCCAAAAUUCUAGUAUGGUGCUUGUGUUGUCUAAUUAAGAAAGAUCCACAGAAUUCUAGAGAAUCAAAACUUAAUUCCUGGACACGGAGGUUGUUAUCUCAUAUAGUUUCCACAUUCAGAUUUGAUGUAAAAGAAGUUGAUCUUUUUAAUCAAGUUCUUGGGUAUGCACCCACAGACUACUAUCCUGGUUUACUUAAAAAUAUGGUUUUAUCAUUAGUGUCUGAACUCCGGGAGAAUCAUCUUAAUGGAUUUAACAGUCAAAGACGGAUGUCUCCUGAACGAGUAAGGUCCCUGUCGCGAAUCUGUAUCCCACUUGUUACUUUGCCGGAUUUUGGACCACUGGUAGAGGCUCUGCUCACCUACCAUGGACAUGAACCUCAGGAAGUACUCUGGCCUGAGUUCUUUGAUGCUGUGAAUGAGGCUUUUUUGCUGAAGAAGAUUUCUCUCCCCAAGUCAGCUAUACUCUGCCUCUGGCUUCGGCACCUUCCCAGUCUUGAAAAUACAACGCUGCACCUUUUUGAAAAGCUCAUCUCCAGUGAGAGAAAUUCUCUGAGAAGGAUUGAAUGCUUUAUGAAAGAUUCAUUGCUGCCUGAAGCUGCUGCCUGCCACCCUGCCAUAUUCAGAGUUGUUGAUGAAAUAUUCAGGUCCGCACUCCUGGAAACCGAUGGAGCCGCAGAAGUACUAGCCUGCAUUCAGGUGUUUACACGAUGCUUUGUAGAAGCUCUGGAAAAAGAAAACAAGCAGUUGAAGUUUGCACUCAAGACCUACUUUCCUUAUGCUUCUCCAUCGCUUGUCAUGGUGCUCCUCCAGCACCCGAAAGAUAUUCCGCAGGGACUAUGGCACCAGCCACUGAAGCAUAUCUCUGAAAUGCUCAAAGAAAUAGUUGAAGACCGCGGGUCCUACGGAGGCCCCUUUGAGAACUGGUUUUUGUUUGUUCACUUUGGAGGAUGGGCUGAUAUCACGGCUGAGCAGUUACUGAUGUCGGAAGCUGAGGCUGAACCCCCAGAGGCCCUGCUGUGGCUCCUGGCUUUCAGCUGCAGCCCAGGCACCGGGCAUCAGCAGAGAGUGCAGACCAUGGUGGAGGUGAAGACAGUGCUUGGCCGCCUCACGAAGCUCUUCAGGAGUCCAACCCUCUCGGCCAGGGAUUUGCAGGCAGCAGCUGGAGAGAACCGAGGUGGAGACCCCAGACCGCCUGCUUGUCAGCAGCUGGUCAGACGCCUCCUCCUGCACUUCCUGCUCUGGGCUCCUGGAGGACAUUCGAUCGCCCGGGAAGUCAUCACCCUUAUGGCUCAGACGGAUGCGAUAAUGAACGAGAUUAUUGGCUUCCUGGACUAUACUUUGUACAGAUGGGAUCAUCUUUGCGUGGAAGCCCAUAGGUCAAGAAAACUGGCCAAAGAGCUCCUCACAGAGUUGCGAGAGCAAGCCUCGCCCCGGCAGGUUAACCAGUGACUCCACAUGAUGAAAUGAUGGGGCCACUUCUUCACGGCCGCAAGUUUGUAGAAUGUGUUCCCUCUGCACGUUGUAAGAAUGAGCCAUAAACAACUUGGCAAGAUCUGGUAGUACUUGUUUUGCAAAAAAUGUCAGGUACUUCAGCCUGGACUCAGUGAGGUUUACUCACUCAGCCUGAAUGUUGAUUAGAGAACCCCUAAAGAAAAGCCUGGAUGGGAGAAGAGAUUUCUAUUUCCUUUUCUCCCCAUAUCAAACCAAGACACAUGACUAUUAUUUGGAUGUUUCAAACUCUUUGGAACAAGAAGUUGGUCAUGUACCAUUGAUCAUUUUAGAAAAUACCUUAGCCUUCUUCCACUUUUUUAAGAAGUCCAGUAAUUGUUACCAGUAUCUCAUCUUAUCCACCAGGAAGCUCUCUUGCUUUCCUAAGAUGUUCUUCAUCCAGGAUAGUGUGGACCCCUCAGGUUUCCCUCCCAUGGCCCCUAAGCAGAUCCCACCAAGCCCAGGGGUGGUAGUGGUGACCGGGGAACAGCACGUCUCAGCAAUGAAAUGAAGCCGGCUCUGGGCCUUUGCUUUACAUUCGCUAAGCACUGGCUGUUACUGCAAGCGCUCACGUUCCCUCAAAGGUGGCUGAUAGGGUGGGGUUCAGGAUGUGUGCUGGAAACAUGGGAAGAGAUUAUAUGUCAGCUGUCUUGUUAACUAAAAUGGGAGUUGGAAAUUUCUAAUGAAGAAUUGGCACCUCAACAAUAUUUAUUUCACAUCAAUUAAAGACAUUUUUCCCUUUUA